AUGGCCACAGCUCACUGGGGAAAUCACCCAACCUUGAAGCUGAUCCAACUCAUGGCUCCAGUGAUAAGGUGCGAUGUACUCCUGAACUGCAGAGAGGAGAUUGCGGGUAUCCUGAAAUACAUGAUGAUUUGGAAGCCAGAAUGGGGGGGCGUCCAAAGACCUUUUGAGGAGGAUGGGAUGGAAGGAGUUUUGAAUGCUGAUUUUAAAAGAAGAAUUUUUGAAAUGGUUAUAAAUCAUCGUCCAUCUAUAUUGGUAGUUACGGAGAUGAGAGUGGGUGGAGACAGGGCAGCGAAAAUAAUAGAGGGGCUGCCUUUUGAUGGGUUUAUAACUACGGAUAUUGUUGGUUAUGCUGGUGGAUUAUGGGUUCUUUGGAAAUCAGAUGAUGUUGAAGUGCUUCCCUUAUCUUCCACGGAGCAAGAGAUUCAUGCCACUGUUAAGGUGCAUUCUUCUAAUUUUACCUGGCUUAUUUCUGCAAUUUAUGCUAGUCUUAGGCUUGUGGAAAGAAGAAUUUUAUGGGAAAAUCUUAAAACUGUGAACUAUCUCCAUAAUUUACCUUGGCUCAUGUUAGGCGAUUUUAAUGAAGUAUUGUGUGGGGAUGAUAAAUUUGGAGGGAAUCAAGUAAAUUUGAAUAGAGCCCUGGAGUUCAAGGGUUGUUUGGAUGAGUGUAAUAUGCUAGAUUUGGGAUUCAUGGGUCCUAAGUUCACUUGGACAAACCAUAGGCCAAUCUCUAAUCUUAUUUUGGAAAGAAUAGAUAGGUGUUUUGCUAAUCCGGGCUGGCGUCUGCUUUACCCUGAAGCCAUAGUUACACACCUGCCUAGAACCUUUUCGGACCAUUGUCUAGUGCUAAUUGAGUUGUGUAGGGCUAUUGUGAACCACGUGAAUAAGCCCUUUCGCUUCCAAACGAUGUGGCUUCUUCAUCAGGAUUUUCCAAGAGUUGUGCAGCAAGCUUGGGCAGAGAAUAGAAUUUUGAAGGAAGCAAUUUUGGAAUUUGUUGUUAGAGCUAGAAGAUGGAAUACUGAAAUUUUUGGGAAUUUAUUUGAGGAGGAGUUUUGGGCUCUUAAAUCCAGACUUAAUGCAGCUGCAUUUGGGGAUCAAAACACUUCUUUUUUUCAUGUCUCCACUCUAGUAAGGCGACAUCGAAAUAAAAUUAGAUGUGUUAAGGACGAUUCAGGGAAUUGGCUGACUGGGGAGGAUGAAAUUAAGGAGCAUAUUAGGGCUGGUUUUAAGAAGCUUUAUACUACGGAGCAGAUUGAAGAUAGAGAAAAAAUUGAUGAUGUGGUGACAGAGGAGGAGAUCAGAUUGGGUUUAUGGGCUCUCAAGCCUUUUAAGGCCCCAGGACCUGAUGGGCUUCAUGCAGGCUUUUACCAACACUUCUGGCAAGAUGUUAAGAAUUUUGUUUGUAUGGAGAUUAGACAAAUCUUUCCUAGAGGGGUUGUGCCGAACUAUCUAAAUGAGACAUUGAUCUCUUUGAUUCCCAAAUGCCAGAAUCCGGAGUCAUUGAACAAUUACAGACCCAUUAGCUUAUGCAACUCCGUUUAUAAAAUUGUUUCAAAGAUUAUAGUUGGUCGCAUUAGACCUUAUCUUAAUAAGCUAAUUUCGCCCAUGCAGACGGCCUUUGUUCCUGGCCGUAGGGGCACUGAUAAUGUGCUUAUCGCUCAAGAGUUGUUCUAUGCUUUGGAUAGGAAGAAAGGAAAAACAGGUUAUAUGGUUGUGAAGUUGGAUUUAGAGAAAGCUUAUGACCGUUUGGAAUGGAGUUUCAUCCAUAGAGUACUUCAAGCCUUCCAUUUUCCCCAUAAAUUAUCAAGGAUUAUCAUGGGUUGUGUCACUUCUUCUAGCACUUCCAUUUUGGUUAAUGGUGGUGCUUUGGAGUCCUUUGAACCAACAAGGGGUAUAAGACAAGGGGAUCCUUUAUCCCCGUAUCUUUUUAUCUUAUGUAUGGAAUAUUUGGGGCAUCUCAUUGAACAGAAAUGUGUGGAUGGUGUUUGGGUCCCUUUGAAGGCUUCAAAGGAUAAUUUGGGCUUCUCCCAUCUUCUUUUUGCGGAUGAUAUCAUCCUUUUCAGCAAAGUGGACCUUCGUGCUUGUGAUGCAAUGGUAGAAGUGCUGGAGAAAUUUUGUUGUGAAUCUGGACAAAGAAUCAGCCAGGAUAAAUCACGGGUAUCUUUUUCUCUAAAUGUUUAUAGUGAAUUGAAGGAGGAAGUGUGUGAGAGAUUGGGGAUCCGAGAGACUCAUAACAUGGGGAAGUAUCUUGGAUUUCCCCUUAGGCAUAGAGGGAUCUCUAGAAAUCCUUAUAAUUUCAUUGCGGAGAGGGUCAUGAGCAAGCUUGCUGGGUGGAAAGCUAAAUUCCUCUCCUUCGCUGGUCAGGCUGUUCUUAUCAAAUCAGUCAUGUCCGCUAUCCCAAAUUAUGUGAUGCAAGGGGCAGCAUUACCAGUUCAUGUUUGUGAGAAGUUAGAUAAAAUUAAUAGAGACUUUUUAUGGGGCUCUACUAAUGAAAAGAGGAGAAUGCACAUGGUGGGUUGGAAUAAAAUUGUCAAAUCCAAGGAAGAAGGGGGUUUAGGGAUACAGGAGGCUAGAGCUAAAAAUAUCGCCUUGUUAUCAAAGCUAAAUUGGAGAAUGUAUCAAGAGCAAGAGGCUCCGUGGGCAAAGGUAAUCCUUAGCAAAUAUUGCUCCUCAUCAAGAGUGAGAUCGAGAGAUCCGGAGAAACUCCCUUCUUCUCCAAAUUGGAAAGCUAUUAAUCUCGGUUUUCCCACCUUCAAGAAAGGAAUUUUUUGGGGAAUAGGAAAUGGCUCAGGAGUUAGGGUGUGGGUGGAUAAUUGGAUCAAUGGUGACUCCUUUAGAGCAAUGAUUGAAGGGCCGCUAACGCAGGAGGAGCAAUCCAUGAAGGUGGCUGAUUUGAGAUGUGGCCAUGAUUGGAAUUGGGAGUGCAUUUCUUUCGAACUCCCUGAAUGUAUUAAAGAUAGGAUUAGAGCUGUCCCAAUACGUUUGUUUGGGGAUGGGAAAGAUACUAUCAUGUGGAAGUACUCUAAGGAUGGGGAGUUCACCACUAAAUUGGCUUAUCAAAUUGCUAACCAAGGAGAGAUCAUAGACACUCAGUUUCAUGGGCAGUGGAUAUGGAAAUUGGAUAUUUUACCUUAG